UCGGGGCUAGGAAAGGGGGCCGAGAGUGCGCGCGGGGCCGGGGAAGUGGGGCCGGGGCGAGAGAUGCCCCGCGCGACCAGCGGCGGCGCACCGUUGCCGGACGACGACCGCAGCAUGUGCGAAGGCCCUUCCCGCAUUUCGGGGCCCAUCCCCCCCGACCCGACGCUCUGCCCCGACUACUACCGGCGGCCCGCCUCGGCCCAAGGACGCCUCGAGGGAAACGCGCUGAGGAUGGAGCUGCUGACCUGGGACCGCGACCCAGACUCCAGCCCCACUCGCGGCCCCCGCAUCAGGCCGGGAGCCCGAGGGAUCCUGGAGCGUGGCCAGCGCGGCGUGGGGGACGUGUUGCUGCAGCUCGGGGGCAUCUCGCUCAGCCCAGGGGUCUCUUCCAAGAGGAAGGAUCCCAAAGACUAUGAGAAGGAAAACCUGAAGCGAAUCAAAGAAAUUCAGAAGCGCUUCCGAGAGCAGAAAUAUAGCCGGGAACAGAGCCUGCCCAGGCCAUUGAAGGCGCUGUGGCACUCACCCAAAUAUGACAAGGUGGAGUCUCGAGUCAAGACCCAUAUGCAGGAGCCCGGACAAGCCUCUGUGACAGAGCCUGCCCACUUUCUGCGGGCACACUCCCGCUGUGGCCCUGGACUCCCGCCAUCCCGUGUUCCCAGUCCCCAGCUCACUCUCCCAGGUCCCAAAACUAAGGGACCAGACCUAGGUGUGGACUUCAUUAGACACAAUGCCCGAGCUGCCAAGCGGGCCCCCCGGCGCCAUUCCCGCUCGCUGCAGGUCCUCGCACAGGUUCUGGAGCAGAAACGGCAAGCCCAGGAGCACUAUAACACUACCCAGAAGGGCCACGUGCCCCAGUACUUGUUAGAACGCAGAGAUAUGUGGCGCCGGGAGGCCGAGGCCCGCCAGAAUAACCAGCCAGACCCUGCCAUGCCUCCUGGCCACACUCGCAUGCCUGAGAACCAGCGGCUGGAGACGCUGAACAACCUGCUGCAAAGCCAGAGCCAGCUGUUGCGAGAGCUGGUACUGCUGCCUGCUGGGGCAGACUCACUAAGAGCCCAGAGUCACCGUGCUGAGCUGGACAGGAAGCUGGUGCAAAUAGAAGAGGCCCUCAAGAUUUUUUCUCGACCCAAAGUGUUUGUGAAGAUGGAUGCCUGAGCCUUUGGUGAUGGCUAGUGGCAAGGAGAUCCAUGCUGAUGGUCUCCACACAUGGCCUCGUGGGGCAGGAGCACGCCCUCCCGCAGAGCACAAGUCAGAAGCAGUGUGUGCAGUAUCCCCACAGCACUCUUUCCAGUCACCAGUGGCUGCAGAAGGGCUAUUCCAGACCUCUUUGUCAAAAUAUUCAGCCUCUUUGUCAAAAUAAACUU